CGUGACGACCAAGCGUUUUGAACUUCCGGUGUCGCAACUCUCUCUCUCUAUGGCUCUGGGUACUACGUAGAUAUAUUAGCAGUGUUAUUUACAAGGAACAGAUCACUGGACUUUGACCGUGUUUAAGUCACUGGCGACUGUGUCUUUUCAUUUUCAAAAAACCUGCUGGUCUCCAAAACAAAACUUCCACCUUUCAUAAUGACUGACUCUCAGCCAUCUGUGCUUCUCAACACUGGGACUCGGAUGCCUCUAUUGGGACUGGGCACUUACGGUUUGCAGGGUCAAGAGGACACUUACAAUGCUGUGGAUGCAGCUUUGAGAGCUGGUUACCGUGCCUUUGACACUGCUGCAGUGUACCGCAAUGAGGCACAUGUAGGUCACGCCCUCCGUAGCCUGCUGCCCAAGCAUGGCCUCUCACGAGAAGAUGUUUUCGUUAUAAGUAAACUGGGUCCCAAAGACCAGGGCUCCAAAGCCAGGGAUGGUUGCCUGAAGAGCCUGGAGCAGUUGGGAUUGGGCUACAUUGACCUAUAUCUUAUUCAUUGGCCAGGCACAGAGGGGCUGCAAGUGGGGGAUAAACGAAACCCUGAAAACCGUGCUGAAAGCUGGGCGGUUUUGGAGGAGUUCUACUUAAAAGGAACAUUUCGGGCCAUUGGGGUGUCUAAUUACACAGUAGCACACAUGCAGGAGCUGCUGAAGAGCUGUAAAGUGCCCCCAGCAGUUCUUCAGGUAGAGUUCCACCCAAAGCUGGUCCAAAAGGACCUGAGGGCACUUUGUAAGGAAAGAGGGGUGUGUUUUCAGGCAUACUCAUCUCUUGGAACAGGUCUUCUGCUAUCAGACCACGUGGUUCUGGAUUUAGCUAAAGAGUACGGAAGGACACCAGCCCAAGUGUUGCUGAAGUGGGCUGUACAACAGAACGUUCCAGUACUGCCAAAAUCAUGUCAGCCAGACCGUGUGGAGGAGAAUGGGCGUCUGUUUGACUUUGAGAUUAGCGAGAAGGAUAUGGAAAGACUCUUUGCUCUUGAUAGUGGGGAGAGGUUUGAUUGCUGGGAUCCAACACAAGUGUCUUAAAGGGUCAAUUCACCCAAAAAUGAAAUUUCGGUCAUUAAUUACUCACCCUCGUGUCGUUCCAAACCCGUAAGACCUUUGUUCAUCUUCAGAACACAAAUUAAGUUAUUUUUGAUGAAAUCCAAGAGCUUUCUGGCCUCCCUAUAUAGAACAACGUCAUAAGCAAGGCCCAGAAAUGUAGUAAAGACAUCGUUAAAAUAGUCCACGUGACGGCAGUGGUUCAGCCUUAAUUGUCAUGAAGCUAUGAGAAUACUUUUUGUGUGCAAAAACAAAAGAAAAAUAACUUUAUUCAACAAUUUCUUCUCUUCCCUGCCAGCCUCCUACACUGUUCACGUUGUAAACAGUACAGCGCUUCCGGGGUCCACGUCAGAACGCUGACUCAUUAUUGGGGGACGCUGUACAUGUGAGCAGCAUGACGCAUGCGUGUGCUGCUGAUGCAGGAGCCAGCCAAUAAU